CAGGGAGCAGCAGCCUUCUCGUGUUGUCAGGACUUCGAGAGAACUCCUCAGAGAUGCAGCUGUCUUUGACUCAACCAUUUUCCUUCUAUGGAGCACUCCUUUUGCUGACAGUGUCAAACUUGCUUCUUUGGGAGCAGGUGACUUCCUUACCAAAUUGUGGUGUGCCCACUGGAAGCCUAUACCAACGUGUGGUUCAGUUGUCACAUUACAACCAUGAUCUUGCUUCAAAAGUGUUCAUCGAAUUUGACAUGAAGUAUGGUAGGACAGGCUUGAUGUAUAACCUGAUGUUAACCCCCUGCCACACUGCCGCAAUUCCUGCUCCAGAAAACCGUGAGCAAGUCCACCAGACAAAAUCAGAAGACCUUCUGAAAGUUUCCAUCAGUAUUUUACAAGCCUGGGAAGAGCCUCUGAAGCACAUGGUGGCAGCAGUGGCUACUCUUCCACAUGUAACUGAUACUCUGCUGUCAAGAACAAAGGAGUUGGAGGAAAGAACUCAAGGGCUUCUGGAGGGACUGAGGACCAUAAUCUACAGGGUUCACCCUGGAGCUAUGGCAAGUGACUAUAGUUUCUGGUCUGAGUGGUCAGAUUUGCAAUCACCUGAUGAAUCCACUAAGAACAGUGCUCUUAGAACCCUGUAUCGCUGUAUCCGCAGGGAUACACAUAAAGUUGACAAUUAUCUCAAGGUCUUGAAGUGCCGCAAUGUUCACAACAACAACUGCUGAGCAUCCAUCCCUGUCCUCUGUCUCUGAGAAGGUCCUUCAUGAUCUUGACUUCAAGGCACCAAUGAAUCUCUAUGUCUUUGGUGCCUUUCUUCAUUUACCUUUUAUCUUACUCAAAAAUAAAUUGAUUCUUUGCAAUUACUAAA